GGAUUUAGCUCAGUGUCGCUUCAGACUUUAUCAGACGCUAGAUCGAGACAGUGGCACACAAAUUUGAACAGUGAAGUGCAUCAUAUUUCGUGAUAAUUUUUCAUACAGAAAAGUUGAAUCAUGUAAAGUUUAGUUUAAUCUACAAUUUCGGAUCACAAAAUGCUGAGUAAAAUUGGAAUUAACAUUGUUUUAAAUCAAUCUUCGAAUGAACAAUGGACAGGAUUCGUGUACUGAGUAAUCCAGCUAGCAGGCGCAUCUGUUCUCGACUUUUUUGCAGUGCAAAGAAUGGUAAAAGCAAUGAUAGUAAUCCUGGAAAACACAUUGAACUUCCUCCCGAACCCACGACAUGCUGCAUGUCCGGUUGCCAGAACUGUGUCUGGAUCGAAUAUGCCAACGAGUUGACCAAACUACUGAACGACGGAGGCGAACAGGCACGGGAAAUUGUGCUGCAGAAAAUCACCGACCCGAGUUUGAAAAUGUUCCUCAGGAUGGAACUGCAAAAUCUGGAUGGCGUCAAAAAAGGGCCACCCUCUGAAUGAAUCGAUGGUAUUGAAGAAGAUAGGUGAACUGCUUUUUGCUGAAACCACUUGUAACCAAAAAUAGCUUGGUUUGUAAAUUAUUUUUUGUUGUUAGGUUAAAUAUAUAGUCGGGUUCUAA